AUGCCCAUCAUUCAUUAUUCUGAUUUAUGGAACACGCCGAUCAAUUACAACAUAUACGAGCCCUCGGAAGUUGUACUUUCGAAUUUCGGGAGUCAGUUGGUAGUGAUUGCAGUUCUCGACGAGGAAACAACCAGAAAUACCAUCUUAAGGAACACCCUCAGGCUGGUUGAACGAAAUCCAAAUAUAAACGUAAUUCUAAUUUCGAGGUUGAAAAAUCCACGAAGGUCAAUGAUCGCUCGGGGACUCUUCUGGAGAUGCUUUCAAUUUGGAUUAUUAAACGUUUUUCUGUUGGCAACACAUAGUCCUAAGGAAGCUUUUACAUUUGACCCAUUUAAUGGAUUUCGGUUAAUCAAAAUUAGGAAUAUUAACAAUUUUUCCAGACGUAAAAUAAUUAAUUUAAAUAAGUAUAAGUUUAAGAUUUUCAAGUUUGGUUUGCCACCUAAAGUUAUCCUACCCCAGGAGGGCGAAGAUGAUCUCGAUUUGAAAGGGCUCGUAGGCAACAUAGUCAAAAGCUAUAUCGAGAAGAGGAACGCUAGUGUACAGUAUGUGAAAAUGGAAGCAGAUUCUGUAUCGCCAUACGUGGACUUAUUACAAUUCUCAGUAAAUAAACUUAUUGACUUUGCACUACACCCAGUCCCAAUCGGACACUUUCUUUGGGGACAGCUUUCAUAUCCAAUUACUAUGGAAGAAAACUGUGUCAUAGUUCCUGUGCCCAAAAUCAUCCCCAGCCAUCAAAAUUUGCUAUUGCCUUUCCAAAGGGACGUUUGGUUAGCAGUUAUUUGUGGUAUAUUUUAUUUGACAAUUAUUAUUUACAUUGUGAACUCUUUAGUAAUUGGGAAAAAGGAUAUCUGGGAUGCGUUUGUUGCUGUUUUCUCUCUGAUAAUUAGCAUACCUGCAAUGGGGCAGAUGAGCAGAAUUAAGGUUCAGAAAAUUGUUUUCUAUUUACCUCUUUUUCUCUUUGGCUUCAUUCUUUCCAAUUUGUAUCUUUCAUUCUUGACCACAUUCCUAACUAGUCCAGCAUAUGAACGUGAAAUUAACACUCUCGAGGAUAUUUACGAUGCUGGAUUGAAAAUAGUGGCUGAGACGGUCGAAAAAAUCGAAUUGGACCGUCAUACUAACUAUGCUGAGUAUUUUCCCUUAUUGAAACCGAUACAUUACUCAGAAUGCAAGCGCAUCAAAGAUAUCCUGGACAAUUCGAACGCUUUGCUACUUGGUUCUGACUCUUGGGAUUUUCUCGACGAAACCCAGCGAUAUAGAAAUUAUGUUCGAUUUAGGAAAUCUAAAAUUUGCAUAUAUCCUUUUGCUAUGGCUAUACUCUUUCAUUUUGAUUCUCCCAUCGUUGAAGAUUUCAACGAACACACUUUAUUAAUACAUCAAUCAGGACUUUUUGCAUAUUGGAAAAGGCACGCAUUUUUUGAAGCGAUAUGGGCCGGAUACGUAAACACGACAAGAAAUCCAGUCCGUGAAGGACCAGUUCAAUUAAGCUUAGAACAUAUGAGACUUGCCUUCUUAACUUUAAUUUUUGGGUUGAUUACGUCUAAAUUAGCUUUUUUUGUGGAAUAUAUUUCACGUAGGAAGUUUUUGUAA